CCGUCUGCUCAUAUCUUAACAAAGACAAACAAAGAACACUCUUUGUUUCUCUCUUUCUCUCUCUCUCUUCCUCUCUAGCUUUUGCAAAUCCUUUUCUUUUUGGUUCCUUUAGCUUUAUCUCUGUUGCUGGGCAUGGCAAAGGAAGGAGAGCAUGGUUUUCAUGCUAAGGACUAUGUCGACCCUCCACCAGCACCCUUGAUUGAUGCAGCAGAGCUGAAGAAAUGGUCAUUUUACAGGGCUUUGAUAGCUGAGUUUAUUGCAACUAUGCUUUUCCUUUACAUCACAAUCUUGACUGUGAUAGGCAACAAGAGCCAGGUUGGCACCUCCAAUGACUCCUGUGCUGGUGUUGGAAUUCUUGGUAUUGCUUGGGCCUUUGGUGGCAUGAUCUUCAUUCUUGUUUACUGCACCGCUGGUAUUUCUGGUGGUCACAUUAACCCAGCGGUGACAUUUGGGCUGUUCUUGGCCCGCAAGGUCUCAUUGAUCCGAGCCAUUGCAUACAUGGUGGCUCAGUGCUUGGGAGCCAUCUGUGGGGUAGGGCUGGUCAAGGCUUUCCAAAAAUCAUACUACAACAGGUAUGAAGGUGGAACCAACACUCUUUCAGAUGGUUACAGCACUGGUACUGGCUUGGGUGCUGAGAUUAUUGGAACCUUUCUUUUGGUUUACACUGUUUUCUCUGCUACUGAUCCCAAGAGGAAGGCUAGAGACUCUCAUGUCCCAGUCUUGGCUCCCCUUCCAAUUGGUUUUGCUGUGUUCAUGGUUCACUUGGCUACCAUCCCAGUCACUGGCACUGGCAUUAAUCCUGCUAGGAGUUUUGGAGCUGCUGUUAUCUACAACAACAAGAAGGCCUGGGACGAUCAUUGGAUUUUCUGGGUUGGUCCCAUGAUUGGAGCAGCCAUUGCAGCUUUCUACCACCAAUUCAUCUUGAGAGCAGGAGCUGCUAAGGCUCUCGGGUCAUUCAGGAGCCAGACCCAUGUCUGAUGAUCUUGACAACUCUUCUGCCUUCCUUCAUGCCUUUUUUAAGAGGACAAGAAAAUAUGUAGGCAAAAAAAGUGAAAAUAAUGAGGGAAGUUGCUUUAUGCUUUGUGUAUCGCUAUUGUCCCCCAAACCUCCUCCUUUCAACUUCCUUCUGUGGAUGUUGAAAGUUAUAGGACCUUUAGGGUCAUGGCACUGUAGAUAAAGUCUGUUUGAGAAGUGGAGGGGGCCUUUUAAAUAGCCCUUUUGUCAUUUCAAGCACUUUCCGUAGAAUUUACUUCACCUCUUUCUCUCUCUCUCUCUCUCCCCUCUCUUUGUUUUCUUUCUUCUCUUCCUCUUAUUUGUCCUCAUUUAUGCUUCUAAGAAAAGUAUUGGACAUUGUCACCUUGAGUUUUACUUGUG